AUGGCCGCCGAACGCAACCUUUCGAGCAAGAUAGCCGAGCCGUUAGCCAUUGUUGGCUUGUCUUUCAAACUUCCCCAGGAUGCUGUCGACGAGAAGAGCUUCUGGGAGAUCAUGGUGCAGAGGCGAAGCCUGUUAACUGAUUGGCCAUCAGACCGGGCCUGUCUCGAUGGGUUCUACAAGGAAGGGCCCAAGGAGCCAAAUAUGCUUCCCGCAAGAGGAACUCAUGCCUUCAGCGGAGACCCGGCCGUGUUCGACGCCCCUUUCUUCUCCAUCACGGCCAAAGAGGCUUCAUCCAUGGACCCUCAACAGCGUUGGGCAUUAGAGGCCGCCUACCACGCUUUCGAAAACGCGGGCAUUGCGGCCGAGGACCUUCGCUCGAGCCGUACUGCCGUGUUUUCCGCAACCUUUGCUGAUGACUUUGCCCGACUUGGGGCCAAGGAUCCUGACGCGGCACCAAUACAGGCCGCUUUGGGCAGCACCCCUUCGAUGCUUCCAAACAGGAUCAGUUGGUACUUCGGCCUGCGCGGACCAAGCAUGCAUAUCGACACAGCUUGCUCGGGGAGCAUGGUUGCCAUGGACAUGGCCUGUCAGUCGAUCAUGACGGGCAAUGCCAGCGCGGCACUCGUGAUUGGAUCCAACAUCAUGUUGAGCCCAGAGACUUCGGCCCUGAUGGCCAACAUGAACUUCCUGUCGCCCGAUGGUCUCUGCUUCAGCUUUGACGAUCGCGCUAAUGGUUAUUCCAGGGGCGAAGGCGUGCUGGCUGUGGUCAUCAAACCGCUAGCUGACGCUCUAACGAAUGGCGAUGUUAUUCGUGCGGUUGUGCGAUCCACGGCUUCAAACCAUGACGGACGCACACCGAUCCUUACCCAGCCGAGUUCUGAGGCGCAGGAGGCUCUUAUUCGCGAUGCCUACAGAAAGGCAGGCCUUUCUUUCGAACGCACGAGAUAUGUUGAGGCUCAUGGGACAGGAACUCCAGUUGGCGAUCCGAUAGAGACAUCGGCGAUUGGGAAGGUCUUUGCUUCGUGCCGAUCCCCUCAAGAGCCUCUCUUCGUCGGUUCCGUUAAGGCAAACAUUGGCCAUCUAGAGGGUGGAAGUGGCCUGGCAGCCAUCGUGAAGGCCAUUCUGGUAUUGGAAAAAGGCAUUAUUCCACCCAACGCUCUCUUUGAGAGGCUUAAUCCCAGAAUUGAUGCCGAGUCAUAUAACAUACAGGUCCCCACCCGUUCUAUCCCUUGGCCAACAGACGGCUUGCGAAGAAUUUCAGUCAACUCAUUUGGUGUGGGAGGUGCAAAUUCGCACAUCAUUCUCGAUGAUGCAUUUCACUACCUGCAAGAGCAUGGGUUGUCGGGCUUUCACCACUGCGACACGAGUUCCACAGCACGUGCAGGAGGGACCGUCAACGGCAAUACUGCUACUAAUGGACAUGUUGCCAAUGGCACCUCUGCCAACGGAACCUCGAUCAGAAAGCCAAUCCCGAAGCUUCUCAUUUGUUCUGCCGCCGACGCCGGAGCUGCGAACCGUAUGGUACAGGCUUACCAGAGCUAUUACCAGGCACACAUCAACGACCCCCGCAAGCUCGACCUGCUGGCCUACACCCUGGGGACGAGACGCAGCAUCAUGCCUUGGCGGACCUUUGCCGUGGCAGACGGUGUAUAUGGAAACCAUGACCGACAUCAGCUCACUUUUGCGCCCCCUGUCCGUGCUUCGCCUGAGAAGGCGUCAAUUGGCCUAGUCUUCACCGGCCAAGGGGCCCAAUAUGCGGGAAUGGGGCUUGAGCUCCUGCAGUACCCUGUUUUCGAGGCCAGUCUUCGAGAAUCGGAUGAGAUAUUUGCAAGCUUAGGUGCUGAAUGGUCCCUGUUAGAUGCACUUCGCGAUGGUCAAGACAUUGAUCUUCCCCAGCGCAGCCAGCCACUAUGUACAGCACUGCAAAUCGCUCUGGUCGACCUACUCCGCAACUUCGGCGUCUCUCCUGCCGGGGUAAUUGGCCACUCCAGUGGAGAGAUCGCGGGCGCUUACACCAUCGGUGCCCUGUCUCAGAGAUCGGCCUGCAAGGUGGCAUAUUUCAGAGGGCAGCUGGCUGGGAAACUCGCGGCCACCACUGCCAAUCCAGGCGCGAUGAUUUCGGCCAAUCUGGACGAGAUCAAAGUCCCAAGUCUGCUCGGGAAGCUUGGGUUGACGACCGAGGACAAUACGGUCCACACUGCUUGUGUUAAUAGCCCGACGAACGUCACGCUUUCAGGCCCUGUUGACUCCAUCAAGAUCAUUCAAGGACAUCUGGACCAGCAGGGCGUCUUUGCGAAGACGGUGAAUACAGGCGUGGCAUAUCACUCACCGGCCAUGCGAGCUAUAGCUACGGAAUAUCGUGCCCUAAUGGGUGUUCUGGAGCCCGGUAAGAUACCGCAUACAACAGGCAACCCCCGUUCGCCCGCAACCAUCAUGGUGAGCUCUGUUACUGGAAACAUGAUCGCACCGAAGCUACUUUCAAUGCCUGACUACUGGGUCGACAACCUUGUGUCACCUGUACGGUUCGUGGACGCCAUGAAGCGACUCACCAACAAGGGUCCGGAUGCAAUACUCGCCCUCGUGGCCGGUGGAAUCACGGACUUGAUUGAGGUCGAUGGCGUUGCUGUAUGCCCAGGCACAGGUAUGGUUGUCAUGGCAGUUGAAGCCGUGCAGCAGAUGGCGAGCGCCAAGGACCGCGUUGUAGCAGCCUUUCUGAUCAAAGAGGCCCGUUUCUUGUCACCCGUUGUCAUUGGAGAGACUUCACAAGAGUCCACAGAGACUGAACUCCAUGUGCUGCCCAUGGAGAACGGAGGGGAGGAAGACGCCAUCUGGUACGAGACGCGGAUCUUCACUUUCCGCCAAAACAGCUGGGCAGAAUGCUUCCAUGCGACAAUACGUGUCUCUUUCGAACCCGAAUUAACAGAUUCUGUUGACGGUGGCCGUGAGCAACUCCUGGCUCACGAGAGAAUCCGGGAAUGCGUCAAGGACGCAAGCUCGAUCUGUAAGGAAUCCUUGCCCACAGACAGCUUUUAUUCCUUCAAUCGGGAGAACAUCGGGCUCGAUUUCAAGUCAUCAUUCCAGAACCUCGCCAAUCUAGACUGGGACGGCCAUGGCACUUUCUCUGCACGUGUCAACAUUGCUUCGGCAUCACAGCACUAUCAGAUACUUAACAGCCCCGUCCAUCCUGCCGUCCUGGACUCCUGUGUCCAGCCAAACCUCGCCAACAUCUCGAGAGGCCUGUCCCGAACCAGAUGCCCGACCAUGAUGGCACACAGCGUGGAGAAUAUGUGGAUCGCGGCCAGGGUCUGGGACAGGGCCACAGACUCGGUGCAGCUGGGCAGCUUUGCCAAGAACAUCAACGGCAAGACGGGGCAGUUUGAGGCGUCGGCCUAUGGUAUAGCUGAUGAUGGCUCCGCCUUGUUCUCCGUCGGGAAGGUCGUCAUGGCCGAGGUUUCACGGCCUGACGGGGCGCUGGGCACUGCAGGAGCAUCUCGACGCCAGCGAUUUGGGGACGCCGACGAAGCCGCCUCGGAGGCGCUGAUGCCGGAGAUGGAAUUCUUAUUGCGUGUCGCGGCACGCAAGGCGCUGAGAGAGGUGUCGCCUGCAGAGCGCCAAGCGGCAUCCACUCAUCUGCAAAAGUAUGCCGCAUUGCUGGAACAGCGCUAUGUCGUUGAGCAAGGCCACGAGGACGAGGUUGAUCUCGGCGGCGAGGAGCUUGACCGCCGCCUCUGCGAGUGCGAGGCAGCCGAGGCCGGGUUCCAUAUCUUUCCCCUUGUCGCACGAGCCUUGCCCUCCCUCUUUCGUGGCGAGACGGACCCCCUGGAGCUGCUAUUCAACAGCGGCGCGGCCGAGAAGUUCUACGGCUACCUCUCCAGGACGUACUCGCUUGAUCGCCGCCUCUUUGAGUUCAUCAGUCUGGCAUCCCACGAGCAGCCCGCGCUGCGCGUCAUCGAGGUCGGCGCGGGGACGGGUGCCAUGACGCGGGCGUUCAUGGCCUGCUUCCGAGACAUCGAGGCCAAGACGGGGCGGGAGUGCUUCUACGAAUUCACGUAUACCGACAUCUCACCGGCCUUCUUUGAGGCAGCGCGCGCCGAGUUCGCCGAGUUCAAGGGCCGUAUUUCGUUCAAGACGUUAGACCUUGAGCGAGACGCCGCCUCACAAGGAUUCGAGCUCGGGAGCUAUGACAUGGCCAUCGCCUCGAACGUCUUCCACGCGACUUCAGACUUGAGCCGGACCCUGGGAAAUGCGCGCAAGCUGCUCAGGCAGGGCGGGCGCCUGCUCUUCCAAGAGGGUGUUGUCCCGAACUCUGCGUGCUUUAAUGUUGGAUUUGGCUGUCUCGAGGGCUGGCUUUUGGCGACCGAGGAGUGGCGCCAACAUGGACCCCUGGCCACGGAGGAGCAAUGGCAUGAGCAUGAAGCCGAUCCGCAUUGCGCCCUGGCGGUGGGAUUCCUGCGCACGCUUCGCUCCGAAGAAGGCGGCAAGCACCUGGUGACGCUGGUCUAUCAGUCUCCUUUCAAGGACGCCAGCGACGCUCGGUUUGUGUCUGAGGUUCAUCAAAGGUGUUUUGAAGACUCGCCCUCAUGUUCUGAAGACGAUUUCAUCGUCCGCAAAGGACAAUUGACCAUCGGACGGCUCGAGCGCGCAGUCGACGUCCAAAACCAAUACAUGGCCUGCACACAGCCACAGCAGCGAGAGGAGCGCUGGCCGUCCGGCCCUCGCCCGGGGCUGGCACUCGACGUCGGCACGCCGGGGAUGCUGGACACCCUACGUUUUGUCGAAGACGCGAGGCCUUCAGCCCUCCAAGCUGACGAGGUGGAGAUCGAGGCGGCGGCAUGGGGGGUGGGCUCCCGCGACGUCCAGAUUGCCCUCGGACGACUCAGUGCGGACGAGGAAAUAGGCCUCGAGUGCGCGGGGACGGUAGUGCGCGUCGGAGCGGGCUGUGCAGACUUCCAAGCCGGUGAUCGAGUGCUCGCUGCCGUGCCGGGUUGCAUGCGCAGCCACCCUCGGGCUCCCGCACAGCUCGUGUGCAAGAUACCUGAUGGGUUGUCCUUCAGUGAGGCAGUUGCUGCCCUUGUUCCGGGUAUGAUGGCAUACCAUUCACUGGUCAACGUCGCGCGUGUACGCCCGGGACACAAGGUACUCAUCCACGCGGCUGCUGGAGCAACGGGGCAAAUGAUGGUGGCCAUUGCCCAGAUGCUGGGCGCCGAGGUGUUCGCGACUGUGGGUUCCAAGGAGAAGAAGGAAUUUCUGGUCGAGCGAUUUAAACUCCCGACCGAGCACAUCUUCUACAGUCGCAAUACGACCUUUGCUCCGGGCAUCAUGCGUGCAACCAAAGGAGUCGGUGUUGACGUGGUUGUCAACUCCCUGCCCGCUGCAAGCUUACAGGCUAGCUGGGAAUGCGUCGCACCUUAUGGCCACUUCAUUGAGAUUGGCAAGGGAAACGUCCAAGCGAACUCGUCCCUUGCCGUGUCCGGCUUUGCGAAGAAUGUCAGCUUCACCGCUGUGGACAUGCUUCACAUUGCCCAGACGAACCAUCAGCUCACGCGAGAGCUGGCUGAGAAGAUUAUCGCCUUUCUUGUGGCCGGGCAUAGAGGCCCGGCGCCUUUGCAGCUAUUUGGAGCAGCCCAGAUUGAGCAGGCGUUCCGACUUAUACAAAGUGGAGCAAACACAGGCCGUGUCGUAAUUUCUUUGUCUCCGGAGGAGGUCGUCCCGAGGUACACGACCUUGAAGAGUAACUGGAGCUUUCGCAAAGACCAUUCGUACCUCGUCGCAGGGGGCUUCGGCGGCUUAGGCCAGGUCAUACUGAGAUGGAUGGUGGAUCGGGGUGCCCGGCAUUUGAUUGUGCCCUCACGCUCUGGGCCGUCUUCGCAGGCGGCUGUCGACACACUCGCUGAGCUCACCAAGCGAGGCGUCCAAGUGGUUGCGCCGCGUUGUGAUGUGUCUUCGUCUGCUGACCUCGAGGCCAUGCUGCAAGAUUGCGCAGCCACGAUGCCUCCAGUCAAGGGAUGCUUCAAUGCCACGAUGGUCCUUCAUGACUCCGUUUUCGAAAACAUGACCCACAGUCAAUGGUCCCUCAACAUCCAGUCCAAGGUGCCCACGAGCUGGAACCUCCACCAUCUCCUGCCCAAGGACAUGGACUUCUUCAUCCUACUAUCGUCCCUCAUGGGCGUCUACGCAAACCCCUCCCAGAGCAACUACGCAGCAGGCUGCGUGUUCCAAGACACCCUCGCGCGCCUCCGCUCGGCCCAGGGGAUGCGCGCGUCCGUGUCCCUCGACAUCGGCUACAUGCGCUCCGCCGGCUACGUCGCCCGCCGCAGCGCAGAGAGCCAGGCGAUCCGCGCCAACGCGCGCAGGCUGGCCCCCAUCGAGACGGGGGAGCUCCUCGGGAUCCUCGGCCACUACUGCGACCCUGCGCUGCCGGCGCCCCUGAGCGAGACGCACAGCCAGCUGCUCGUCGGCGCCCGCACCGCGCUGGACUACGCCGCGCGCGGCGAGGAGCCCAUGCCGGCGACGCUGCGGCCCCUCUUUGCGGGUUUCAACAGCCCGCGGGACCAGGACGCCGCCGGCGCCGGGCGCGCCGAUGCUCUCCCGGACGCGGACCCCGCGCUGUUGUUCCGGCAGGCGGGCGGCGCGGAGGAGCGCCGGGCCGUCGUCACUGACGCCCUGAGGGCCAAGGUGGCGCGGGCGCUGGGCGUUGCUGUCGAGGACGUGGACGGGGGGAAGACGCUGGCGGACUAUGGGACGGACUCGCUCAUGGCUGUCGAGCUGCGGAGCUGGAUGCGGAAGGACUUUGGGGCCGACGUCACCGUGUUCGAUAUGACGAGUGGGAAGUCGAUAAACGCCGUUGGUGAAUUGGUUGUUGCCAAGGCUGGGGCGGCCGACGUGAUGUAG